AAAUCAACCAGUCGCUGUCUAUACGUGGAGCACGAUGGACUUCGCUAACAAAGUAGUCAUAAUUACUGGCGCUAGCUCCGGCAUUGGCGCAGCUGCCGCUCUCUCAUUUGCAAAGCAAUCCGCGAAACUUGUCCUGGUAGGACGAAACGAAACCAAUUUAAAUCAGACUGCAUCAAAAUGCGAACAAUUUAAAAACAUAAAACCAUUAAUUGUUAAAGCCGAUAUAACCGUCGACGAUGACGUGAAAAAUAUUAUCAACCAAACUAUUCAACAAUUUGGCUGCAUAGAUGUCCUCGUAAAUAACGCCGGAGUUGGAAUACACGGGAGCAUCCUAGAAGGCGUGGAGCUAUACGAUAAAGCCAUGAACAUAAAUGUGCGAGCUACCUAUCUUAUGACCAGUCUCGCCGCACCCUAUCUCAUCAAAUCGAAAGGGAAUAUAGUGAACGUUUCGAGUAUAGCUGCGCUUAAACCUAUCAAGGAUUUCAACUUCUUGCCUUAUUGUGUCUCUAAAGCUGCACUUGAUCAGUUUACUAAAUGCGUUGCGUUGGAGCUCGCUUCAAAAGGAGUUCGGGUGAAUUCUGUAAAUCCUGGUUGCACGAGAACUAAGUUUAUAGAGACAGCUGGCUUUCCAGUUAAUGAUGAAGCGUUGGAUAGACGUGCUACGGAGUUUCCUCUCGGCAAAAUAGUGGAAAGUGACGAGGUUGCUGACCUGAUUCUUUAUCUGGCCAGCGAUCGCGCGCGCAGUAUCACCGGUUCUAUUUACAUUAUAGAUAAUGGUGAAUUGCUAGUGUGAUAUUAUUUGAGUUUAUUACCCCUUCACAUGACAGUGAUUUAUAACGGACAGUGUGUAAUUUGGAAAAUUAUUUGAAAGCCAUGGUGUUUUUACGUUCAAUAAAAUAAAUGUUUUGAGUAGAUUAGUGUUUACCUGUACCUACUCGUGAAGGUGUGUUAUCAUUAUAUUAUAGAUAAUAUUAAUUAUAUAAUUUAGUGAUUAUUGAAGAUACCGCAAUGAAGUGAUAAAUAUAAAUAGACUAAUCUUGACAAGACAUAGACGUAAAAUCAUAGUUAAAAUAUAUUUUAUAUAUCUUUAUGGUUAGGUUGAUUAAUGUUCAAAUGUCUUAAGGAAAAUGUUAAAUAUCAUAUUAUUAUUUAAGAGAUAAAAAAUAAAUAAUCAUCAUUCAUAUAAUAAAUCUAUCAAACCGAUUAAAAUUCUCAUGAAUAUUAAUUAGGCAUUAUCCAAAUUACGUUACAUUUUUUAAGUUACUCGUUCUUACAUCCUAAUAAAAUUUCCGCUUCGUCAUUAUGACGUAGAUAAAAUAAGAAUAAUAAUAGAUCCAAUAUGUAAGACGUAUGUUAUUUUCAAUUUGUUCUAAGAUCCGAGCACCAAGUGCCACGUACCAUGUAAUAACUUUCUUUUCCCGAGUAAUUCCUAAUGGUAAACAGAAUGUAUGAGUAUAAGAAAGGACAUAGGUCGGACAUAAACAGGCCAAGAACACUAUAAGCUUUGCUAAUACAGCUCGUAUUUUCAAAGCCAUUAGUCUUGAUUUUCCGUAACGAAAUAGGGCAUGGAGCGCAAAGCAAAACGUAUGGACGCAAAUGAGCAAAAUAUACUACGUGCCCAAGAAUAUUGAAACAGACGAGGCUAUAAGUUUAUUCUCACAUGUUUAUGUUUAUAUGUAAGCUGUGUUCGCUUCAAAUUUAAGUUAGAAACUUUUAGAUGAAAAUAGUGAGAAGAUUUAUGAGAUAUCAAGGCAAUACUUUAUCGUAAGUUAGUCUUUGAAUUUUACAAUCUCGUGUGAAAAUUCACUCGAUAACUAAAACAAACCGCUCAAACUCGUUUUGGAUACAAGACAGGAUCAUUUAUAAUAAUUGUUAUUGCUAUUUUAAGAGUCCAUUAAAUAUGAUAAAUCAAUAUCAAGUUUGGUAUAUUUGUAGUCGUGUUGGACUCCUUUAUGAAUUAUAUGAUCAGCGUUUUCUCUAUUAUAUUACAAAAAGAAGGUACGUCUUUACAGUUUUAUUUGUCUUAUCUAAUAUUCCGGCAAAUUGCUCUACCUCCAAACGUUUAAAUAAUAAUUUUAUAUAAAAAAAAUAUUAGGUACUAUACUUGAAGACGGUAGUCGGUUUACAGAACAAAGACAAACGACAAAAUGUAACGAUGUAGACACAUGCAAACUAAUUAAAUAAGGCUUAUUCUUUAAUUAACUAUUCACUGCCAGCUGUUGGCUUAGAUCCAAAGUGCUGCUACUAAGAAUCCACCUCUAUCGCGGAAUUAAGAUAUUAACAUGCAAAUUGUCAUAGAAUUCUCAAAUAUUAUUACAUGAUAGUUCCUAGUGUAAUAGCUAGGCUAGAAUCAGAUGGGCACAAUGAUAUGAACUAAUGUGUAAUGUACUUUGAUGCGCUCAAAUAUUAAGGAAUAAUGGGUAAUCAUUUAAUAUGUUAAAAGACUCUCAAACGUAUGUGAUGUAUGUUUUUUUUCAUGACAGUACGUAGCAGACAUGCCUCAUAAAAUUUAAGUUUCAGUCAUAACAAACAACAUUUUUCAGUUUUCAAUAUUGUUGAACAAAAAAAGGGAUUAAAUACAAAUAAUUUGUACCGUCUUAUAUAAUAAUAUUACCUAUGUAUUAUGUAUCACUUAGAAUGUAUCAUUAAAAGAAUUUUGCUGAGUUAUUGUCAGCUCUCUGAAAUAUAAUAUUAGGUUACAAAUUGGGAAAUAAAUCUCUACUAUUUUCAUA